GACUGCGAAUGCUUAUGCACCGCCAUCUCCGAAUACGCUCAACAAUGCAACACACGCGGGGUUCACAUCAACUGGCGGUCGCAGCACCUCUGCCCUCUCCAGUGUUCAAAUUCCUCCAGCUACGAACCCUGCGUCUCACCCUGCCCACCACCGACCUGCCAGAGCCUCCACCAACCCACCUCCACGUGCACGGACUCCUGCAUCGAGGGAUGCCGCCUCAACGACUGCCACACCUGCCCUGAAGGAGAAGUAAUCUACAGCUCCGAUAACUCCACCUGUGUGCCGAUCUCCCAUUGCCCUUGCUCAGUCUCCGAUGGCGUCACCUACCACGAGGGAGACGAGGUCCCUACGAUGUCCGAUGAAUGUCGCAGAUGCUUCUGCUCCAAGGGUAGCGUUGUGUGCACGAGCAGACCCUGCAAGUCUUUGGACCUCUUCACCAGCCCUGCGACGACGGAGACUCCUACAACCACUGAGAGUCCCCAACUCGGUGGGAGAUGUGAAGAAGGACAGGAGUACCUAGAGUGCAAAAUCCGGUGCGGGCAGCUGUGCGGCAAACAGUUGCACGAGGCGAAAAAGAGUGGAUUGUGUGGAGAUUCUGAGGAUGAUUGUAUCGGUGGAUGCUGGCCUGAGAGCUUGGAUGAUUGUCGUGAGGGAUAUCUCUGGGAGGGCGUUGGGCGGUGUUCACCGGCACGAGAGUGUGUGUGCGUCACGCCGGAUGGAGCUUAUCUGAAGCCCGGCGAGGUUCAGAUCCACGGCGAAAAGAUCUGCCAAUGUUUCAACAACAAGUACGAGUGCACAACCAUCCCUUCAACAACGGUCGAGGUGACGAAGAACCCUGCAAUCCCUGCAAUCCCUGCCAUCCCCAAAAAAUCCUACUGCACGCCCUGCCCUGGGGUCGAUCCGAACCCGAGCUGCGCUUGCCGGCCAAACGAAAGAUGGAACGGUACCAACUGUGUCUCAAAGCUGCUGUGUCCGUGCGUAGUUGGGCCGCACGUUUACGAUGUCGGAAAGGUGUUCUUCGACGACACCUGCCAGAAGUGUUUGUGUCUCCUCGGCGGGGACCUCCAGUGCAGCCCCUUGUCGUGCUCUUGCGAUUCUGAUCUGGUACCCGCCACGACACCAAGCUGCCGAUGUCUAUGCCAGCCUUGUCCCAGUGGAACCCGAUUCUGCCGCAGGGAGGGGAUCAACAAAUGUAUCUCAGAGUCUAAAUGGUGCGACGGCCGCACUGAUUGCGAUGACAGCCGAGACGAAUUAUCCUGCACGAAGGCUCCUAUCGUGAAAGAGAAAGAGUGCCCAACAAUAACAUGUCCACCCGGCUACAAACCUCGCACAAUCGUCAAGAGAAUAAAGAGAUUCAACUUCGCGGCACGACGGAGGGCUCAAGAGGAACAAGAAAACGAACAGUACGGGCAAUCUCAAAGUAUGGAACAAUCUCAAAACAUGGAACUAUCUCAUAGCAUGGAACAAUCCCAAAGCAUGGAACAAUCUCAAAGUAUCCAGCUCACCCAAAGUGUCCAGACAACAAGUUGGGUAACAACCGAGACGCACAUUGAAGUGGAUAUCAGCUUCUGGGGCUCAGCAUUUAGCAAAAAUCAAGCUUUGAGCAAGCACUUCAAGAAUAUCAAGAACAAAAACUCGAAGCAAAAACAGGGACAGAAGAGGCCGAAAUACCCUGCCCAUCAGAAGAGAGAGGAGCCGGUCUGCCCUGAGUUCGAGUGUGCCCCAGACAGCGACGCUUCGGUCGAGUGUAUUUCUCCGCCAGCUUGUCCGCGCGGAUACGAGCUGGAGAAUUUGGCCUCCAGGGAGUCCAUCUGCCCCAUGUACAAGUGUAAAACAAAACCGAUCCCGGACACAAAAUGUGAGGUCACGGACAAAACUGUCAGUACGUUUGAUCAUACGCACUACAAGGCGGAUAUCUGUAAUCACAUUCUCGCAAGGGACAAAGAAAGCAAUUUGUGGAAUCUUACCAUGUUCCAAACCUGCUCAAUUCGAGACGGCUGUUCAAAAAUGCUCAGUUUGAUGCAUUUGGGCCAUAAAAUCGAAUUUUACAGCAACAUGUCGUACACAUAUGAUGACCGUCUGUACUCCUCUCACUUGAUGGAAAAAAUUGGUAGGAAAACAGGCGAGUUCGAAUUCAAAACCGUAGGCUUCAACAUAAUGCUUAUCAGCGUUUUAGAAUUCUCUGUAACUUGGGAUAAACAUGCGCAUGUGAAGAUAUACCUCCCAGCAAGUUAUGCGAAGCGAGUUGAUGGACUGUGCGGACUCUUCAAUGACAACCCAGCGGAUGAUCUCUCCAUGCCGCACGGCUCUUUGGCUGAGAAUGUCGACGAAUUUUUAGCCUCGUGGGGCAAUAGUUCGUCUUGUCAAAUGCCAGCAUGCUCAUCAGCUGUGUUAGACCAAGCUUCUAGUUACUGCUCAAUAUUAAGGAAUGAACACUUCAAAGAAAGCUGUGCAAAAUUGGGCACAGACAAAUUGGAAAUAAGUUGUAUCGAGAGCAUAUGCUCUUGCAUGGAGAUGAGUCGCUCCAUUGAAGAAUGCCGCUGCGCUGCGUUGGAGCGUAUUAUGUUAGAAUGUGAAACGUCCACCAACUCAAUUCAAACCAGUAAUUGGCGUGCAACUUACAACUGCCCCGGAAAAUGUGAGGCACCACAAGUGUAUCAGGAAUGCUUUAACAAAAUUUGUGAAACGACCUGUGAUAACAUCCUUAUACCAGGCGCUUGUCCAGUUUUGCCUGAUUUGUGCUUACCUGGCUGCUACU